GUUGCUGACGACUUCCGGCGGCUCCUCUCGCGGGGAUUGGCUGUUGGCGGCGUUGCUUCUCGGCUCGUGUGCGGCGGAGGUGUCGGCAGGGGCUGCAUCGAAAGGCUUUGGCGCCAUGUCUCACACCAUUUUACUGGUCCAGCCUACCAAGAGGCCAGAAGGCAGAACUUAUGCUGACUAUGAAUCUGUGAAUGAAUGCAUGGAAGGUGUUUGUAAAAUGUACGAAGAACAUCUGAAGAGAAUGAACCCCAAUAGCCCCUCUAUCACAUACGAUAUCAGUCAAUUGUUUGAUUUUAUUGAUGAUCUGGCAGACCUCAGCUGCCUUGUUUACCGAGCUGAUACUCAGACAUACCAGCCUUACAACAAAGACUGGAUUAAAGAGAAGAUCUACGUGCUUCUUCGUCGGCAGGCCCAGCAGGCCGGGAAAUAAUUGAGAUGGAAGCAUUAGGGGGAUGGGGGUAGGCUUGGAAUACAGGUGUGUACAGCAAACUCUCGUAGAUGUUUUGUAUUCUAAUAAUCCUGUUUCCAUUUGGUACAAUCUAGCCAGGGUUGAAUGUAUUGAAUGAAAUAUGACGAUCUUGUUCAAUCUGAAAACCCCCAUUGCCUCCUUCCCUCUCCCUACACCCUCCCUCCUUUUUUUUUUACUUAAAACAUUUUUAUGAUACUUUA